UACUGUACACGGAAGAAUCGAUUAACGAAAUCCCCCACCAGAAGAAUGAAGUCCAUCUUUCUCGCAGUUCUGACGGUUCCUUUACUUUGCCAUUUGACACAGGGAUGCUGCACCCCCGAACAAUGGAGAGGGGAUAUGGGUUUUUUGGUCGGCACUAAUAAAAACGGGAAAGGGGGAUACGAAGCGGGAAAAGUCCGGCUUUUCUAUGAUGCCAAGAACACAAAAAUAGCCGCCUUUUCAGAGGGAGUUGUAGACGGCAAGUUCUUCAGAGGAGCAAUGAUCCAAAACUUUGAAGCAGGAGUUCAGUAUGUUGUCGUGAAUGGUAACUGCAAUACAACAAGACUGAGAGGAAAGGAAUUUAAGCCCGCUUGUGUUCCUAGCGAAAGCAAAAAAGUGAGUGACACACACUUGGGAACAUCUACUGAUUCACUAGACGUCAGUUCAUACGAGAUCCCACUAAAGAGGGUCAAGGGAAAUGCUUACUUCAUGGUUACUAAUGAGUUAUGUAUCCCUAUCGGAGAGACUGUCACGGGGGGCACCGAGAAAGGAGGUUUCAUGGCAAGCAUUGGAUACACAGGAGUUGAACCUGGGAUAGACGACCCCAGAGUUUUUGACAAACCAAGAGAAUGCAGAGAUAAAAUUGAAGAGGGGGAGGUCGAUCUCUUUGAAAAGUUUGGAAUGUUAAACCACAAAAUGUCCAGUCUGUUCAGAUAAAUAAUGCAGUGAAGCUAACACGAAAUCCAAGGAAAAAAACCUGCAUCAUUCAUCUUUUUGUCACUAUAAGUUUCUGAUCUUUGUCAACUUUUUGUAUUGGUAUGAAUCUCUUACAUGCCUUUUGAAGAAUGUUCUGGACUUUGUAUACGUAGUUAUGUGUUUUUUGUGUUAGAACAUAAUUAUUUCUUAGUACAAAACAUCGAAUGUUUACAUUUUCUUACAAAUUUCAUUACUUUUAUGAACCACUUGAUGCUAUAAUUCGUACUUACUUCCUUUUUUACUUUGAAUAAACACUUUUUUUUUUCAUUUU